UCCUCAGGCUAUUCGUCAACGUCCGAACUUAGAUUCGGACAACGGGGUGCUUGGUGACUCAAUCCAGUUGCAGCAGAUGAAGCCUGGUCGCAUGUAUGUAUAAGGGAUAGAGGUGUGGAGUAGGUUAGCUAGUCACACCUAAGGAGAACAAAAACCUGGUUUUCUGAUCAAAAUAGUGGACUAGCUAUUAUCUUCCCCGUGGAUUCCUUAGAGGGCAUUUCCCCCCCCCCUCCCCAGCUGCCAAGAUGAUGAAGGACUGCCUCCAGUUCUUCAUCGAGCCGGCCCAAAAAAUCAAGAUCCGCCUCAAGGAGUCUCGUAAGAAAGGGAUGGAUGAGAAGAAAGAACCUUUAGUGGAGAGUCAGCUGUUCAUAAUGGAACUGGCCAGGGAACUCAACAGACUGUGCCAGAGGUCGAAGGUCUUAGCCCACAUCUGGACCAGUGAAGACAACUGGCCUCCCAGUGUGUGUAGACACUUCAUAGUGGAGUGGGCUGCCGUGCUAGAGAAGAGAGGCCAGCUGAGGAGCAUGCAGACAGAGAAGAGGGACUGGAAGACAGGGGGAGAGUAUGACAUGGGAACCCACAAACGGGUCAUCAUGGACUGGACACACCAGCUCAGAAACAGACCAGAGCCCAGUAUCUGGCCCGGUGAGCCCGUAUUGAUGAUGUUGGAUGAUCUGGAGUUCCAGUGGCGGAGGGGGCGUCUGCCGAACCUUCUCCCAGCCAUGGAGCUGGUCAUGUGGGUGGUGCUGAGUGCAGACAGCCCUGACAAGGAGGACGUAACCAAGCAGUGGCUGAUCAGAAAACAGAGGAGUCAGAAGAGUGAUGCAGCCCGCUACAUUCCCCACAACGUAUGGAACUGGAUCUGUGAUGCUGCAGAGGAAGUAACCCUUGACCCCAAGACAGCCAACCCUGACCUCUUCAUCUCUGAUGACGACAAGCGAAUGCGCUGUGGCCUGGAGCGGCGAGACAUCUCCAACUGCAGUCGCCGCUUCGACGGCUGGUGGUUUUGCGCUCUGGGAAACGAGGGCUACAUCUCCGGGCGCCAUUACUGGGAAGUCGAAGUGGGCGACCGGGACUGGCGGCUAGGCGUGGCUAAAGGCUCCGCCCAGAGGAAGGGUUACAGUCCCCUCAACACACAGACGGGCUACCUCACCCUGAGGCUGGAGAGGGGCUCAGACCUCAAGGCGCUGACGGUGCCCGCCACGCCACUGGCCCAGAUGCUGGUCCCCAGAAAGGUAGGGGUCUACCUGGACUAUGAGCAGGGCCAGCUCUCCUUCUACGAUGUGGAGAAGAGGUCCCACAUCUACACGUACAACGAGACCUUCACAGAGAGACUGUUCCCCGUGUUUGGGACUGUAGAGGUGGUGAGGGAUCUGGUGAUCAGGCCGGCGCAGACCAGGGAACCCUGCCUCUGCCCUGGACCCUGUCUCUGGUGAUAACGUAUUACAGCGUUCUUCAAACCUGGUCCUGGAGAGCUAGCCUGGAAUCCACACGGAAUAUUGUAAAUGUAGCGAAAUUCAGUGUAAAUUCCAGGCUAGUGGAGGGAAGGCUUUUGUUCUGGUCCAGCACUAUCACACCUGAUUUGAUGGUGUGAUGAUUAGUUCAUUCAGGUGUGUUAAAACAAGGCUGGAACAAAUGCAUGCACUCCUUAGGACCUGAGCUGAAGAACAAUUAUUACCUCCUCCCUGUUACACUUUUUAUUACAUUGCCUUCAUGCCACACUACUUCAAGGUACAAAGAAACUGUAAAAGAGCGUGCUGCCCAAAUUACCCAAAGAUCUGACGUAGUCGAUAUUUAGUUCAGCAAGAGCUUGCACACAGAAGACAGACACAGAGAGAGACAGAGACACACAUAAAGACAGAGACAGACAGACAGCUAGGGUUUACAGUCUAUAGUGUAUAAAAGGGAUGGUAGAGAGAGUAGCAUGCAGUACUUCAUUAUUCCUCUGAUUCUCUUAUUCUUAGAUUUUCUGAUUCUUUUCCUGCCUGAUUCUCUUCCUCUCUGAUUCCACUGUCCAGCUUGCAAGAGUCUCAUAACGUGUUUCAUUCUAUUUUUGGAACUUACGGUUGAUAUUGACAGUGUGUAAAAUGGUGUGAUAACAAUUCUUUUUUUCAGUCAACAAUAAAUUAAAAUCUCAAGGA